GUUGCAUGAACUUACCGAACAAAACGGAAUAAUUAGUCCGCGCUCACGAUACUUAAUACGAACAACUAAAGACAUUUGAACUUGAAUUGUCGAGCAAGCAAAAAACAAAAAACCAAAGAAAAAACAAAAACAAACAAAUAAAGAUUCUCGCCACAACUUAAAUAUACACACAUUAGUGCAUGUACUUAUGGAAUAACCGUAAUUGUACAACGGUCUGCGAAACCUGGCGUUUGUGCAGCUGUGUGUGAGUGCAUACAUGCGAUUUUGAUAUUGCAUUGCCGUGUUGCGAUAAAUUGUGCUGUGGUUAAAACACCGUCAAAUAAUAACACGCAACUCGCAUAUUUGAAGACGAACCGGCCGAGCAAGUCGAAACAACAACAGCAAGAGAUCCCAACCACAAACAAAAAAUGAAAUAAAAGUAAACAAACGAAACUGAAAACUACUUAUCCGCGCUGGUGUGCCAUAUUAUUGAGUGAAGUGUAUUGCUCUUGGUGCUCGUACCGUAAUCGCGAAUCGAUUAUCUAAUAAAGCAAGUGGGUGCACGCCAAUGUAUGACCUAGAAAAGCUACGGUCGUGUUGAGAGCACUGUGGCAAAGUGGGUGAUAGUUGACGGCUCAAAGAGAAAUGAGCAAACAACUUUUCAGUCCAGACACGUUCAUUUAGCCGAGCCGAGGCGGCGUUUAUAUCACAUACAUACUUGAAACGAUACAUAAGCCCAAAGACCCGUUAUACCGCGAAAUAGUGUAUAGCAAAUAAACAUUAAUAAACUUUAUUAGGUUACCGAAUUCACAUAUAUUUGAAUUAACCAAAAACUGAGCCCUGUGCAAUUUCAUUGUUGUUGGACUCAUUCGACAUCCUUGGGUUAAAAAAAAAACUAAGUAGGUGAAUUGCAUUAUUUCUGCAAAUAAGAAAGGGAAAACACGUGCCAAUGAACGAAAAAGUAAAAGUAUUGCCAACAAUAUGAACUAAAAAGCAUUCAGCAGAUAAGCUAUUGACGACAAAUUAUAACGCUUUGGUGGAGUGUGGAGCUUUGCGCGCAGUUACAGAAUCAGUGUGCCAAUCAGCCGAGAGCAAAUAACCAGCCAGCCACCAGUAGUGUUUUACUAAGAAAUAUUGAGUAAGGUCAAUAUCGAAAGCAGCCAAGGAAUAAAAGUAAUACAAACAAUUACACUAAAGAAAACGUUAGAUUUCUACAUAAAGAAAUUGUGCAUCCGGUGGUAUCCGAAAACAGGAAAGAUGAGUGAAACUCCAGAUAGCCAAUUGGGUAAGAGUGAAUCUUCUGCCGCCCAUACUCAGAACCCAGAAAAAACUACCGAUUUCAAACAGGAGUCAUGUCGAGCGAGUCAGUUUACUGCAGGUCACGCUAACGGUGGUCAUACUUUUGUGGUAACAACAGUUAUGACUGAAACAAUUACCGAAAGAGAGAAUCAAGCCUGUACUUCAAGCAAAACUGAUGCUACAGUAAAUUUUAAUGUAAAUAACUCUUUAGAUAUGCCAAAAGAAUUAAGUGUCAAUAAUGCAAAUCCAACAGAAUCGACGAGCCCACGGUUAUUGCACCAUUCAGAUUUGUCUAAAGCGGUUGUGCCUAUUUCUUCCUCAUUACCAUCAAAAUUGCUAAGAUUUCAUGCUAAACGCUCGGCAGAAACUCUGCUGCAACGAGUUGGGCAAUCACAAUCGUUGGACUCGCAAUUCGGUAGCGAUGAAGGUGCUGUAGGUGGCAGUGAAUAUGAGACGAAUCAUAGCCCAGAUGUUUUUGAUAUGCCAAUCCCACUGAGUGGUGCACAUGCACCGUUGGUGGCUAGAAGCACAUCGGUUGAGUGUUAUGAAGAUAAGUUAAUUGAUGUGGGUAUGGGUUCGUCUAUAGAGGAUUCUGAAGAGUCGGAAGAGGACGAUGAAUUAAAGCCGCUCGCUGUCGAUAAUCACGUUUUGCAUGAUGUCAUUUUGAACUCAUCGCCUGUAGAGUGUGAUAACUCGCAGUUUCAAACUGAUCCCAGUUUGAGUACACCUGCCGCAGCUGUUUUAAGCGAAGCGAAUUUAGAAAAGUUUCAUAAACAUAAUGGUUCAAAUCAAAACCAUCCGAACGACUAUUACCGGCAAAUGGAUAAUAUAUAUCUACAUCCGAACUUUAAAUUGGAGCCCGAUGCUACAAGACAAGAUAUUCCAGAAGAUUCGCCACCGCCUGCUGUUGCUCCGGCCAACUCACCGACCGAACCCAAACGUGUACACCGCUCUUUUUUGACGAUGAAGAAGCCUUCAAUAUUGGAACAUGCAGAAACUCAAGAGCACAUAAGCAAAGCUCUAGAUCACAACUCUAUGUCAUCUUCCAUGGAAAACAGUCAAAAAACAGAGUUGAAGACAGAUCAUUCACUUACCAAUGAACUAGAUACAUUAGAUCCAUCAAUGAUAGCAAGUGAAGAUUUAGCUGCUGAAAUUACCGAAGCAGUAGAAUUUUACUUCUCCAAUGAUAGCAUACUCAAAGAUGCAUUUUUACUAAAACACGUUCGACGUAACAAAGAGGGUUUUGUUAGUCUCAAGUUGGUUUCCAGUUUUAAACGGGUUCGUCAACUAACCAAGGAGUGGAAAGUUGUUGGCGACGCUUUGCGACGCAAAUCUCAAAAGAUCGAACUAAACGAUUUGGGCACAAAAGUCCGUCGUAUUGAGCCCUUGCCCAAUUUUGAUGAAACAAUGCCAUCACGCACCGUUGUUGCUUGCGAUUUGCCACUCGAUAAGCUGACUAUUGAAAAAGUUUCGGAAAUAUUCUCCAAAUGUGGCGAGAUCGCAUUGAUACGUAUUCUGAAACCCGGUAUGGCGAUCCCAGUGGAUGUCAGACAGUUCAUGAACAAAUACCCAGAGGUGCAACAGAAAGAAUGUGCCCUUGUAGAAUAUUUGGAGUCGUCAUCGGCGCGUGAGGCAAAGAAUUUGCAGGGACCGUUCCAAGUUUUCGAAAUGGUAGCUCCCAAGAAGAAGACGGGAAAGAAAGCUAUCAUACAGGUGGCGACACCGGUUGCACGAAUGGUGGAGAACUAUCGCUACUACAAUGACGCCACAUACGAACGUACACGGGGAGGCAGUUUCAGCGGUAUUGUUCCACAUGAUGUCACAGAUUUGCGUUACAAACUUAAACGCUUCAAUUCUGAUAUCCACCCCAAACCACUGCCAGAGUUUCAUCACAACAAUGUCAAUGGUCAACCAAAUUUUCACCAUAUGCAGCACAAUAUGCAUAGCACACAGCAUCGCGGAAACUUUGGCAAUGAAGCCUCACACCAAUAUCAACCCUAUCAGCCUCGUGUGGCUAGUAAUAACGAACCGACCUCACCUGGCGUCAGCGGCAACAACAAUACUGGCGCUUACUUUUACGCAUAUUCACCACGUCGCUAUAGCAAUAAUUCAACCAUCUCUGCCGGCUCCGCUCCGGUUGUGGAUGCUGCCGUAAAUACAUCACCAAUUACUGCCAACAAAAGUGCUAUUAGCAAUUCCAACAGCAACUUGGUGCGACGCUUAUCAAAUUGUUCAGACAAUUACUCAAGUUUUUCAGAUUCACGCCGUCCAUCGAACUGUUCGGACAAUAUGUCCCAACGUCGUGACUCGAAUUGCUCUGAAAAUUGUCCAUGCUCAAGACGCAUCUCUGACUUUGGGCAAACAGAAGUUUAUCGUAAAAUGUCCCAAGGCUCUACUGGAAGUGGCGGGGAGCGUCGUUUCUCCAACGGUUCUAUGCAAUUCGAACGUACAUUCUCCAAUCCGAACGAGAUGAGCAACAGCGGAAGCAAUAAUUUCCCACGCCGUAUGUCUAAUGACUACAACUUUGAACAGCGCAAGCAAUCAGUGGACACACAAACUGACCCUACCUUUGAUGAUCCCAAUGUGGGUGGUGGUGGCGGUGGUUACAACGUUUUUCCUCGCCGCUACUCCAACAACUUCAAUGCGGCCAACAAAAUGGCUGCAUAUGACAAUGCGCAGUACAUCAAUGGUCGACGUAUUUCCACCGACUCCGGCUAUGAUCGGCGUUACUCGUUUGGUUCUGAAUAUGAGGGUUCGCCACGCUCACGAACCGGUAGUUUUUUGAACAAUUACAAGCAUGCUGUCGAUUUUGAUGGUCAACCACGAUCACGAACUGGUAGCUUCCUUGACAACUCACCUCGUUCUCGGUCGGGAUCAUUCGCACAAAGGAACUCCGAGAAUUUGGUUCGUACACCAAUAGGACCAGAUGGUAGCAAAGGCUUCGCUGGUCGCGCUAGAAAAUUUGGACAGACAAUCUCACCUGUCAACUGAUUAACUAAAAAUAUAAUUGAUAACCUUGUAGCAAUAGAAAUGUCCUAUUCAUCAGCCAUAUUUAAAUUUUUUAUAUCCGGAAAAUGCUCUUCGCAAUCUUGGGAGUUUUUUGUAUCAUCAUCUGGCGUUUUUAUGAUGGAUGGAAAUAAGACCCAAUUUACCAGAAUCAUGAAAUUAUAUUUUUGUAUGUGUCUACCUAAGUACAUGCCAGAAUAUAACUACUUAAAUGAUUUGUUAAAUAAUCGUGUACACAUAUGUACGUAUAUACCUAACCAAUUUUUCUACAUAUUUUUUUGUUAUAAUUACUCAAAAAAAUUUUCUUAAGUACCCAUUAUUGUUAACUAUGUUUAUAAAUAUGUUUGUGAUGCCUUAGUGUUUCGAAGCAAGUGUGGACAAAUCGCCAAUAGAGAAUAAAAAUAUUUUAAUUUUUAGCUUUUUAGCUGAGCACAAUUGUAUUGUUAAUACUGUGUUCAAAUAUGUCGGCAAACUUCUGGAGUUACUGCAAGCGAAGGAGAAGAACAACAACAAAAAUUAUGUUUGCCUUGGCGAUUUGUUUUGAUGAGGUUUUGUCCAACUGUGACGUUAGUUUUAUAAGCUUAUACAUAAGAGAGUUCAUAUUCACCUCAUCGGUGUUCGUACUUUUGGUGAUGAACUGCUCUAACAAUCGUUUUGGGAUUGGUUUGGCAAAUCUCUCCUGCUUUUAAUUUAAUAUAAGUACAAAAUAAAAUAUUUUAUAAAAUCUUAA